AGCUAUUCCUCUGGAGAUGUGAUCAACGGCUGCGGCGAACAGCCAUUCGUUCACGUGUUGGACAUCCGGCAAAAGUCAUUGAAAUGUGAUUAUUGUUUCAACACUUCAAACAAGUCUUCCGCGCAACUAAAACGGUGUUCAAAGUGUUUGCAAAUGUUUUAUUGCGGUAAACAAUGUCAACGCGAAGAUUGGUACUGGCACAAAUACGAGUGCCCCGUAUACGUCACUACCGGUGCCGCAGACACUGCACUUCUGGCCAACGACUAUAUGGCCAGACUAUUGCUCCGGUUAUGGCUAUUAGUGGACAAUCGGCCGGAACUACAGCGCAAAACCUACCGUUGUUUCAACGGUCAGUCCCGGUGUUUGGCCGAACUCGAGAGCCAUACCCAAGACAUUGAUGGCGACGACUACCGCGCCCUACAGUUUAGCCAAUUGUGUACAUUCUAUGACGGGUUGAAUGUCUCGUACAAUAGGGACCGACUGUUCACACUAUACGGUCAGCUAUUGAUCAACUCGUUUGCAAUAACAAUACACGAUAUCUAUUAUGAAAAUGUAAAGACCGGUUACGCUCUGUAUAUCGGGUGCUCAGUGUUUGACCACUCGUGCGCACCCGACGCCUGUGUCCAGUUUGAUGGCCCGAUGGCUGCGGUGAGGGCUGUGCGGGACAUACCCGCCGGUCAGCCGGUGUUCAUUCAUUACAUAUCACUGGAUGACUGUCGCAGUGAUCGCCGCCAAAGACUGCGAUCGCAGUAUUAUUUUGAUUGCAAUUGUAGUAAAUGUUGUGCCGAAGAGUUGGCCGACAAUAGUAUAGUUUAUGACCGGUUUAAGGAUCUUCAGCGCAAACUAAUGAUUUGUUUUUCGGAUGAGUCGUGCGGACGUCUGAACGACACGUUUGGACAGUUGGACGAGUUGUUGACAAUCGGCGACCAGAUCUACGGCCCGACACAUCCGGAAUUGGCGGCGCUGUUGAUGAUUGGCUUACAAUACCGGCUCACGUGUCCGGAUGCCGACCACCGCCGGCACAGGGAGUCUCUCUCGGCGUACAUCGACCGCACGGGUCGGGCCAUCGGCCAGUCCUUUGGCACCGAUCAUCACAUUGAAUGCUUUCCGCCGUUUGUAAUGACUUUCGGCACUAAAAUGGGUGACAAUAAAGACAUACACGAAGAGAGCGGUGGCGGCGGUGGGAACGGCACUAACGGCGACGGCCAGAGUCCGGGCCACGCGUUCGCACAACUCUUCCAAUCGAUGCACGACUUGAGUGACAAACUUCUGGCACUCGAUUAC